AUGGCAAGGCGCAAGACAGCCCGAGACACAAUCAAGGAUGUCGCAGACCUGGCCGAGUACCACGAGACGGCGGCCUGUUUGGAUGAGCUCAUCCGCAAGGACGGCGCUGGAUCAUGGCCACCACGAGCCAACCACGAACACUCGACGUGGCCAGCAGCUCUGAGACCCUACAAGGAGAUUUAUUAUGAGAUGGCACCCCUGCUCCCGGCCGCGGAGGUCUCCCUCGACGACGAGCUCAACAAACAAAGGAUCGCCCAGUUCCGCUCUCGCUUCGACCAACUGCUGCGCGAACGAGUUAGCCUCCGGGAAGUCACCCAACUGCUCGAGGCCGCAGAUGCAGGGCGCUGGGACGUGUUCCCGCGCGACGUGUACAACGCCUUCUACAGCUGCAUCGCCUGGUGUCGGCAUGCAUACCGCUGGGGCACCAUUCCAGCGGUAAAAGUCGCCCAGCUCGAACGGACCGUCUCCUUCCCCGCGCAGCUAACCGCGCCCUGGGCAUCGCUGCAGGCGCACUUCGGCCUGACCUCGGACGCGGGCAACAUGACGGCCAACCUGGUCCUCAACUUUUGCUCCUCCUCCGGCCCGGGGCACGAGGAGGAGAAGUACGUGUACCGAAUCAACACAGGCCUGCCGCCCGAGGAGGGGAAAAGGAACGCCGCCCCCAAGUCGGAGGAGGCGUUCGCGCGCGUCGCCCGCGAGAUGGAGCGGCUGGCGGUGCCCGUGUACGGCGACGUGGUGCGGGCCAUCGUGGCCUUCGCGCAGGGCGACGGCGCGGCGUGCCUGGCGCACGUGCGGGCUGUCGCCGCGCAGCUGCGGCCCGCGCUGGGGAGCUACUACGAGCGGGUGCACGACGGCACGAUUGCCCGGGCCGUGUGGCUGAGCCGGGUGCAGGGAUUCUACGCGUGGGGCCUUCGUUCAAGUCAAGGUUGUGAGAAGGACGCCGGCAGCGGCGAUGGCGAGUGUCAUGAGACGGUGGAUGGGCUGAGCGGGAACCAGGUGUUGUUGUUCCAGGUGCUGGAUGCGUUUUUGGGGCUGGAGCCGUAUUUGCCGAGGGAAGUCCUCGAGCGGAACGUGCCGCGGCUGCAGCGGGAGUUUUGCGCGGCCGUGGGCAGACACGCUUUUCGUCAUCGGCUCGGCAAGGAGGGCGUGGAGGGACGCAUUCGGGACGAGUUGGCUGAGACUGUGAAGAGGCUCAGGCUCUUUCGCUCGGCUCACCGCAGCCGCGCCAAAGUUUACUUGACGGUGCCCGCCCCCGAGAGGCUCCCAAUGACAGCAGGGAAGUCACUGCUCAAGGCGGACAUGGAACAGAGCAUGCAGUUCCUGGAUCAGUUCAUGCUGGGCAGACUGCAGCAGACGGUGUAG